CAGCUAUCAGCUGGCAAAGCCAAAGUGAAAUCAUCCAUUGCUGGGUAAACAUACGAUCUUUGGAAGUGCGCGUGGCCAAUCAGUCUCGCUCCGUAAACAGUGUGAAAUACAAACAUUAGUCAUGGCAUCAAGUAGGAACCUGUCCCUAUUAGGGGCAGUGCUGGUUUUCGCGUUUCUGGCCCAAUCCGCCUUGGGAAACAACGAAGGCAACGACGAUCGUCCUGCUGUUGAAAAUGAGACAAUUCCAGAACAUCCAGUGAAUGAAAUCAUCCCGGAACCAAUCAUCAUCAAACCACCAGGAAGUGUAGAAGAACUACGACCUAAUUUAGUUGGAUUAGCCAAUAUGGCCAUAGUUCAUUUGCCACAAAGCUUAACCUUUCAAUAUGUUAUACGAGCGACCCGUGAAAUAGUCGAUGGAGUUCUUUAUGAAUUAUUGGUCAAUGCGAAGGAUAUAAACAAAAAUGAAGUUAUUUGUUGGUUUGUAAUUAUCGAGAAGCCAUGGAUAACAACAGAAUAUGGUGAUAAGUAUCGCAGGUUGAGAACUACGAAUUGUACAGCCGAUGAAAAUGACAAAUUCGAUCCUAGUAAAUAUGAAGGAAAUACUGUCUUCAAUAGUUCCAAUACAGAAGUAACUCAAGGCGAUUUAUCUGAUUUAGAAAAACAAAUAAUGGCAAAGAAAAAGCAAAAACCCAUCACUGAAACUGAGGAGUCUACAAAUGCAGCGGCUGAUAAAGAAACUUCAGAUGUUGCUACCGGAGUUAUUCUAGGAAUAGAAUCUCAAAUUGUACCGGAAAAAACAACCACAGUUGCUCCUUCCUUGAGUGGCGAUAGUUUAGCGUUACUGGGUAGCCUAUUUGGAAUGGAUUCCACAGUACCAGAAAAGUCUUCUAAUGUUGGGGGUGACAAUGCUCAAAAUGAAGGAUCAUUGCCUUGCUCAAGUGCACAGACUCCUCCCCCCGGAACAAUUAAUGCUGAUAAUGCUCCUGGUGAAAACAUGCGACCUGAAAAUCCACAGCUAAAUCCUGCGGAAUCGAAUUUACCCCAAACAGAAUCGGAUGGGCGACAAAUGAGUGAAGAUAGUAAAGCGAUUUUAGAUAGCAUUUUUAGACAACCAGUUGUCGAACCCGAACACAUCGUUGUUCGGGUGACCCCUGCAACAGAUACAGUUGCAGCUGAUUCUGAUAUCAGAAAGCCCAUAAAUGGCGGUUCUGAUGAUGCAGUUGUAAGUAUGACUCCCGCAACCGAUGGAGUUCUAGUCGAUUCUGAUAGGCAAAAGCCAGUCAAUGAAGGUUUUGAUGUGAAUGCUGCCAGUUCACCUCCAAUUGAUCGCAAUGUUCAAAAGCAAGUAGAAUUGAACCAAGGAAACUCACGAACCGGUGCAGAUGAAUCUGUAUCAACGAUUUCUAAUAAUGCCGAGGGACAAGUACAGGCAGAAAAUGUCGAAAAUAUGAACUUGAAAGAGUCACUACCUCAAACAAACGAAGGGCAAUCAUUGACUCCAAACGACUCUAAUAAUCAAGAGCAAAGCAAAGAUGCAGGAAAUCCCAUGCCAUGCCAAGACGCCUUGCUGCAGAAGCCUUUACCUGCCGAUGGUCAAAAUAUUCCAGUUGUUACCGAUUCCUCAAAAUGCGGCUUAAACGUCCCACAAGGUGGUGUAGGAUUCGCUGGAGGCCCAAGACCAGUUUCCAGCGAUGAAUACUCUGAGCUUCAAAGUAAAGUCAACCGUCAGCUAGUAAAAUACAAAGGACAACUCCAAGCCGGAAAUACAGUCAAGGGAAUAAACAAAAUUUAUUGUGCAACGACUCAAGUAGUGGCGGGUACAUUGGAAAAAAUCGACGGGCAGUUCCGCACAGAGGACGGUAGUUUGGUAGAUUGCGUAUUGAGUAUUUGGACUCGUUCUUGGUUACCAGAUCCUGUUCAAAUUGAAAUCGAUUGUAAGAGUGAAAACACCAGAAAUCGUCGCUCAGCUGAAGAUUCGAUAUUGUUUGAACAAGUUAACGAUCUUCUUCCCAAGGAGGCUAUUGAAAAGGCUAAGGGUCAACCGUUGUAUAAAAAGGCGAUUGAAAUCUACUUAGGCAUCACAAACACGCAUUCGAAUAAUACCAAAUACAUCAUUAAUGGAAGAUUUGUAUUACCGGACGAGACAGAAGACACUUGUACAAUGGUUUUUAUUCAACAAUCGAAUCGUUUGAACACUUUGAACUGGAGAUGUGAUAACAAUCCAAUUGAUUUCUUCUACUCCUUCUAUCCUUCCGUUCUGUCAAUCCCGCAUAGCAAAAGGACAAAAGAGCAAAGACUGUUUGCUAAAUUUAUACAAAAUUUCCAACGUUCCUAUGCACACACUUUCGAAGAAGAGGAACGAUUCAAGAUAUUCACAACGAAUUUACAGAAAAUUAAGAUGCUCAAUGAAGUGGAAGAAGGUACCGCAAAAUAUGGAAUUACUGAUUUUGCCGAUAUGAGACCAGAAGAAUAUGCUAAGAGGACAGGAUUGCGUUAUGAUGAAUAUAUUUCGGAUAGUAAUCAUAUACAAAAUCCAUUAGCAGAAAUUCCAGAUGUGGAGUUGCCUCGUAGUUUUGAUUGGAGGGAAAAAGGUGCCAUAACACAAGUAAAAGAUCAAGGAGCAUGCGGAUCUUGUUGGGCGUUCAGUGUAAUCGGCAACAUAGAGGGCAUUCAUGCUGUGAAUACAGGAAAAUUAGAAGAGUAUUCUGAGCAAGAGUUGGUGGACUGUGAUACAAUUGAUAACGGCUGUGCCGGUGGAUUACCAGACAAUGCAUACAAAGCAAUUGAAGAAAUUGGCGGUUUGGAGUUGGAAAACGAGUAUCCUUACAAAGCGAAGAAAUCCAAGUGUUCCUUCAACAAAACCAUGUCACAUGUUAAAGUUAAGGGUGCCGUUGAUCUUCCCAAAAAUGAAACUGCUAUGGCAUUGUGGUUGGUGAACAACGGGCCGAUUUCAAUUGGGAUCAACGCGAACGCUAUGCAAUUCUAUCGCGGAGGAAUUUCACAUCCUUGGAAGCUUUUAUGCCGAGCUGGUGGUAUCGAUCACGGUGUGCUGAUUGUUGGUUAUGGUGUCGCAGAAUAUCCACUUUUCAAUAAAACACUUCCCUAUUGGAUUGUGAAGAAUUCUUGGGGUAAGCGUUGGGGCGAGCAAGGCUAUUAUCGUGUCUUCAGAGGUGACAACACAUGCGGUGUUAGCGAAAUGGCAAGUUCUGCAGUACUAUCAGGCUAAUGAGUGCCGUAUAAGGUAUCCUCCCAAAGAUUAAGUAGUUUUUCGAGAAAAAUACAAAUAUAUUUUUGUAAGCGGUCGGGGUUUUAUGGUAUACUAUCUAUUGUAAGAAUCUAUGAAUAAAGUUGGAGAAAUGGUAUCAUAUUGA